AUGAGGACCGUCCCUCUACCAUCUGGCCUUGUUCGAGCGUCGAGGAAAGUCAACAUGAAGAAGUUUGCUCACCUGGGUCUCCUGUCGCUUCUGAUCACCUUCUGCCAUGGGAGGUUCCUCACCUUUCCUAAACUGCCUUGUCCGAACCCCGAAGAUAUUUUGCCUUGCACAUGUACUGGUGAUGAGAAUGGUACAAUGGACAUGGAUUGUUCUCAUGUAGUGAGCGAGGACGAACUGGAGAGGGUGUUCUCGUCGUUCUUUCCCUACACUAUGUUCCGGAACUUCACCGUCGUUGAUAACACGUACCUCAAGACCCUGAGGAACCAGGCUCUCGGCAUCGCCUCCUUCACGGGCGUCUACAUCAUGAACAGCGUCCUGGAGGUGGUAGAACCCGACGCCCUCUCGAGCAGCUUUGCCACAGCCCGAGUCGUCAACAUGCAGAAUAACUCGAUAUCUUCCUUUCCCUUCGAAACCCUGCCCUCCUUCACCAGCCUCCUGGAGCUCGGCCUCAGCGACAACAGCCUGACCUUCCCUGCCCUAGAGUCCGAGACGCUGCUCGUGCUCGACCUCUCCAACAACCAGAUCCGAAACGUCGCAGCCACGGCCUUCUCGGAUGUGCCGGAGAUCUCGGAAAUUUACCUUGGAGGGAAUCAAAUAUCUCACAUUCCUACAGCUGACCUCCAGCAGUCCGGGGACGGUCAAUUUGCGGAGGAACCAGAUCGCAGAUGUUUGCUGUUAAUUGUAUACAGGUUAGUGGCUUCGACAUCGGAGGCUCAUUUGGAUGUCUCCGGCGGCAACCUCGACAUCAGUGAAAAUACUUUGAAGGUUUUAAAGGAAGACGUUUUCCGCCCAAUUCUGACCGAAAACACCACCAUUGAUAUCAAAGAAACCUCUGGAUUAAUACGUCUCGUUUCAUGUUCACACUUAUAA